AUGGCUGAAAUUUUCUUCCACAAGCAAGUCCACGUCAGCAAAGAAUCUAUUUUCAGACCUUUGCUCUUGACACAUUCUGCUCGUCUCUGCUUGAAUUGCGAUGGCUGUGUGCACUCUGCAAAUGCUUUGUCCCGCAGGCAUUCACGUUCCCUCCUUUGCGAUAAGUGCAAUUCCCAGUCAGCAAUGAUACGUUGUAUGGAUCAUAAGUUGUCUUUGUGUCAGGGUUGUGACUGGAGCCCGAAUGACUGUUCUGCAUUGGGACAUAGGCGCCGCACGUUGAACGGAUAUAAUGGGUGUCCUUCAUUGGCUGAGUUUUCUAGAAUCUGGUCCUUUGUGUUUGAUGUUAAUUCCUCACAUGGUGGUUGGGAAUCUAUUGGUACUUUACCAAAAGGUGAGACUAGCCCGUGUUUGGAGCAACCUGAUCAUAAUGGUGGUUCCUUUGGUUUGGUGAGUGAUAAGUUGAAUGAAAUUGAACCUUGGAUGGGGCAAUCUCACAUCAUUCCCUCAAACCCAAAUUACAACACACCGUACAGCAAAGAAGAAGCAUUUUUUCUUCCUCGAGACUCAAACCAGCCAAAGGUGAGGAUGAGUGAGGCUGGUGCGGUCUAUACGAUUAAGCCGCAGGAGUGUACUGAUCUAGGAAUACGUGAUGGAAAUGGACUCUGUGAAGGUCUCAAUGUGGAUAACGUUCCAACAAAUUUAGGAAGUGCUGAUGAAAUAUUUGGCUGUUCACAAGCUCCCACAGGAUACCACCUUCAAGAUAGAGGAAUGGACUGUCUAUUGAUGGAUAAAAACAUAUCAGUCACAGAAUCUAGUUCACUUAUUGAGAGUGCCUUAGAGGCAUCAUCAUCAAUUCAACAAGAUUGUAUGACUUUUCAGUCAUCUACGCCUGGUGGAUCAGCUAGUGCGGUGCAGGUUAUGAACAGUAACACAAAUUGUGCACUUAUGAAUCCUAGCUGCAGUGGAAACAUCAAUCUGGGAUUUCAUCAGGGUCAAGUUCAUUCAAACAUACCUCUUCAAUUAGCCAACAUUGUGGGUGAAAAUAGUUCUACUGAAUAUCAAGACUGUGGGAUAUCGACAAUGUUUCUGCCAGGUGAAUUUCCCUGGGAAUCAAAUUUGGAGGGUACAAGCCCACAGGCAAGGGAUAAAGCUAAAAUGAGAUACAAUGAGAAAAAGAAAACACGAACGUUUGGCAAGCAAAUAAGAUAUGCAUCUCGUAAAGCAAGGGCUGACACAAGAAAACGUGUGAAAGGUAGAUUUGUUAAAGCAGGUGAAGCAUAUGAUUAUGACCCUCUUGUGACAAAGGACGUCUAA